UUGAAAAUAUUGAUAUUGGGGAAAUAUUUUUAUCAUCGAAUGUUCAAAACAUCAUACUAAAUAUUAACAAAGAAAUUCUAGAUGUAAGCAAAGUCUUUCAACCUAUAAAACAGAAGGUUGAAUUAUCAACAAUUAAACUAAUGACAAAUGAAGAAUUAGCGCCAUUAAUUGAUGAUGCUAAAGUUAGAGCCCUACAUAAAUUACAAUCACCACCAAUAUUAGCCCCACGAAAACCCAUAAAAGGGAUUUUAGAAGAAAAUAUUCAAAUUAAAGAUUUUGACACUGCAAAUUAUGUUUUUACAGAUAUUACCUUUGGAAUUAAUGAUAGAGAAAGAUUUAUUGUGGUUAGAGAACCUAAUGGUAUCCUGAGAAAAGCAACAUGGGAAGAAAGAGAUCACAUGAAUCAAAUUUAUUUUCCAAAAGAAAAAAGAGAAUUGAGAGUACCCAAAAUGUUUGAUGAAGAAUAUUUUCAAGACGCCCUGGAAAAGGGUAGACAUAUAUUCGUACUAAACAGAAUCAUAGUCCAAUUCGAACCUGACCAUCCGGACUACCUUAAACACAUGUUCAGAGUCUUCGAUCACCUAAUCCUCCACUCCAAAUUGGAAACCAUAAGAUCCACCCGUUAUUUUGGCACCUGUGUUUUAUAUUGCGCGCUCAGGGGCAACGUGGACGACAUAUUGUUGUAUAUCUUGAAAGAUAUGGGUAAAACGCCAACAAGCUAUGAUAAUCUGGACACAAAACUUGAGAGUAUUUCACUAAAACCAUCUAACGCUGCUAUAAAGGCGUCUUACCUUACUGUCCAGCUAUAUGAUAUCGCCCAAGAACAAUUAUAUUCUACAUUUAAUAAAACCAAAAGUGAUAAUAAUAUUUCGACAAUUAAUAGUUGUCCCAUAGAAAAUGACCAAGAUUUAACUCUAAAUACUCGAUUACUAGAGAAUGAUGAUACAGAACCUCUUUUAUUUCAAAUUUUAAAUUACGUGAAAAAACGCAGGGACAAUAAAUCGCUCCACAAGGUAAUCGGGAAAGAUGAUAUCAAAUUGAGAGAACUGACUGACAUAAUAAAAGUUUUAUUAAACACCGAAGAUGAUCUUGAGAAUCAAAGGCAAUUAUAACUUUUGGUUCUACUUAUAGUUUAUAUUUUUUUUAAAAAUAUGAAUUUUGU